AUGCCUCUAUAACUAUCACUACUUCCAGGAUCAAAAUUCUUUAAAUGAUGGAAUGGAGUAGCUAUUACCUUUUCUGGCAGAUCUUGAGUAUGACAUUUAUCAAAUAAAUUAGACAAUUCAUCUAUUUUCGUUUUAUUGCAACGUUUAAAGCAUUCAUACACGAGACUGGUGGAGGUCGGCGAGAAUUCUACAUCUGUCUGGAUUGUAAAAUGCAAGAACCCAAAUUUUGUCAGAGUUGGAUUUUCUACGUGUCAACUGGUAUUUUCUACGGUUUUGCGAACACAAGCAGCAGUUGAAGACGGAAGGGAACAAGUGUACACAAAAUGUUUUUAGCCUCCUAAUGAAGUAAAUCCUAGUGUACACAUAUGUGCACCAAU